AUGUUGUCUCUUUUCGCCGCUCUCCCGGCCAUCGUCCUCUCUCUCCACUUCACCAUCGCAGCCGUGGCCCGAUUGAGCGACGCACUCCCGACCCUCCACGCGCGAACCUAUCGGAAGACGCAGCUCUCGGCAGCGAAACUCUACCCCGUCGUGCCCUUCAGAGACGACAUUCCCAAGCACAUGCGCUACGUCGGCGCCUGGUAUCUCCUGACCGCCGCCAUGCUGGCCUGGCCGUCGACGCGCGGCAGCCUGCCGACGCUCGGGCUCGUCCUCUUCUGGACCGGCGCCGGCGCCUGGGGCCGGGCCAAGAGCGGCCUAAAGUUCCGCCUGCCGCUCAUGAACGCGUCGCUCGGCGUCUUGGUCUAUGUCACGGAGAGACUCAACGGCUGA